AUGUUCGCAAUCAACACUAACGCUGGUCCAUUAUACGAUUUUAACUCAUUCGCUAAUUUCUUUAAUGAAUAUCAAAGAUAUCAACAGCAACAACAAGAACAACAGAGACAACAACAGUUGGCGCAGUCAAGACCAAAGAUAAUCAAGAAGUUAGAAACUGAGGAUAAGUAUCAAAUUCAAAUUUUUAAAAGAUACGGUAACUUUGAUUCUUACGAAGUCAGAGUUUUGAAGAGUAGUUCUUUCAAUUUUAACAACUUGAUCAAUUUGGUUAUUGAGUCCAGAGAAGAUGAGUUUAGAAAAGCAUUCCAAUUCAAUCUUGAAGAUAUCGAGGUAGGUGAAAUCGACUGGGAAUACUUUGAAAACGACAAUGUUUUGGUUUUGAAUAUUCCAAAGAAAAUCAAAUACUGUACUGAUGACUUGACUGAUGCUUUAGGAUCUAUUUUGUUUGGUUACGAUCCAAGAACUUCAUUCUCCACUCAAAGACAAUUGAAACAACAAGAGGCCGAAAGAGCUGAACAAGAAAUAAAGAGAGCUGCCGAAGAGAAAGCCAAAAGAGUUGCUGAAGAGAAAGCUAGAAGGGAAGCUGAACUUAAAGCUAGAAGGGAAGCUGAACUUAAAGCUAGAAGGGAAGCCGACUUAAAAGCUAGAAAAGAAGCUGAGUUAAAAGCUAGACAAGAAGCUGAAUUAAAAGCUAGACAAGAAGCUGAGGAAAAGGCAAGAAGGGAAGCUGAACAACAAGCUAGAAGAGAAGCUCAAGAAAAGGCCAGACAAGAGGCUGAAAAAGCUAGACAAACUAGACAAGAAGCCGAAAAGAAAGCAGAACAAGCAGCUCCAAGAGAAGAAGAAUAUGCCAGAGCCAUCAGACAACAACAGGAAUUCAUUAGUCAAUUAUUUGGUGCCCAUCCUCUUUUCCAACAGCUCAGUCCAUUCUUCGAACAGGCCAUACCAAAAGCCGAACCAAAUUCAAAUGUCGAGUCGAAUUCAACUCCAUCCAAGAAUGAAAAACCUGAAGUCACCAAAGUCGAUUCCGGCAAUCAAGAAGAAACAAUAAAACCAACCAGCUACGAAUCAGAUGAAGAAUCCAUCAGUUCUGAACCCGAAACCGAAGCAUCUACUCCUGAAACAAAGCCAAAUGUUAAGGUCUUAAAAUCCGCUGAAAAGGACUCAAGUCUUUCUCCUUUGCAUAAACAUCCUUCAAUCGAAGAAGUUGAAGAUGAGGAAUUCGUCAUGUUUAGAAAAAAAUUCGGUCAAUAA